GUCUCCCUGGCUCCAAUCACUCCGGAGACUGAGCCAUGGGGGGAAAGCAGGAUGACAACGAGGCGUACGGGAAAGCAGCCAAAUAUGACCCGUCCUUUCGAGGCCCCAUCAAAAACAGGGGCUGCACAGACAUUGUCUGCUGUGUCCUCUUCCUGCUCUUCAUCGUGGGUUACAUUGUGGUGGGGCUUGUGGCCUGGGCGUACGGAGACCCUCGGCAAGUGCUGUACCCCAGGAACUCCACCGGGGCCUACUGCGGCAUGGGGGCGAACAAGGAUAAACCCUACGUUCUGUACUUCAACAUCCUCCGCUGUGUCGUAGCCACCAACAUCAUCUCCCUCGCUCAGAAUGGCCUCCAGUGCCCCACCCCCCAGGUGUGCGUCUCCUCCUGCCCACAGGACCUGUGGACCGUGGAGGGGUUCCAGCUCUCACAGACAGUCGGUGAAGUCUAUAAAGACAGGGAUGUCUGCCAGCCGGGGGUAGACCCUAAUACGGGCGUGAUGGAAAGCCUGCAGAAGGAGCUCUGCCCCGGUUUCCUUCUUCCUUCUUCUCCAGCCCUGGGGCGUUGUUUUCCGUACCCCAACAUCAACGUCACCUUACCGGAAUUCUCCAUCGAUAACUCCACUGUCUCUAAGGGGAUCAGUGGCCUCCUUGACAGCAUCAAUUCCCGGGACAUCUCUGUGAAGAUCUUUGAAGAUUUUGCCCAGUCCUGGCACUGGAUCCUCGUGGCGCUGGGUGUGGCUCUGGUGCUGAGCCUGCUGUUUAUCCUGCUCCUGCGCUUCGUGGCGGCGCCCCUGGUGCUGCUCCUCAUCGUUGGCGUGCUCGCCGUGCUGGCCUAUGGCAUCUACCACUGCUACCAACAGUACCGAGUGCUGCGGGACCAGGGCGCCUCCAUCUCCCACCUGGGCUUCACCACCAACCUCAGUGCCUACCAGAGCGUGCAGGAGACCUGGCUGGCUGCACUAAUUGUCCUGGCCAUCCUGGAGGGCGUCCUGCUGCUCAUGCUCAUCUUCCUGCGCCAGCGGAUCCGAAUUGCCAUCGCUCUGCUGAAGGAAGCCAGCAGGGCUGUAGGGCAGAUGAUGUCAACUAUGUUCUACCCUCUGGUCACCUUCGUCCUCUUGGUCAUCUGCAUUGGCUACUGGGCCGUGACCGCCCUGUACCUGGCCACAUCCGGGCAACCCCAGUACGUCUAUUGGGUGUACAACACCAGCACACCAGGCUGUGAGGACGCGCCUGUGAACAAGUCUUGUGACCCCUUGGCCACACCCAACAACUCCUCGUGCAAAGAGCUCACGUGCGUCUUCCAGGGCUACUCGUCCACGGGCGUAGCCCAGCGUUCUCUCUUCAACCUGCAAAUCUACGGGGUCCUGGGGCUCUUCUGGACUGUCAACUGGGUCCUGGCCCUGGGCCAGUGUGUCCUUGCUGGGGCCUUCGCCUCCUUCUACUGGGCCUUUCACAAGCCUCGAGACAUCCCCACUUUCCCCUUGUGCUCGGCCUUCAUCCGCACCCUCCGUUACCACACGGGCUCGCUGGCAUUCGGAGCCCUCAUCCUGACCCUUGUGCAAAUAGCCCGGAUCAUUCUGGAGUACAUCGACCACAAGCUGAGAGGAGCCCAAAAUCCUGUGGCCCGUUGCAUCCUCUGCUGCUUCAAGUGCUGCCUCUGGUGUCUGGAGAAGUUUAUUAAGUUUCUCAACCGCAAUGCCUACAUCAUGAUCGCCAUCUAUGGGAAGAAUUUCUGUGUCUCAGCCAAAAAUGCCUUCAUGCUGCUCAUGAGGAACAUUGUCCGGGUUGUUGUCCUGGAUAAGGUCACAGACCUGCUGCUCUUCUUUGGGAAGCUGCUGGUGGUCGGAGGUGUCGGCGUCCUGUCCUUCUUCUUUUUCUCCGGCCGCAUCAAGGGGCUGGGGAGAGACUUCGAGAACCCCAACCUUAACUAUUACUGGCUGCCCAUCAUGACCUCCAUCCUGGGGGCCUACGUCAUCGCCAGUGGCUUCUUCAGCGUUUUCGGCAUGUGUGUAGACACGCUCUUCCUCUGCUUCCUGGAGGACCUGGAGAGAAACGAUGGCUCCCAGGAGCGGCCUUACUACAUGCCCAAGGCGCUUCUGAAGAUUCUGGGCAAGAAGAAUGAGGCACCCACUGGGGACAAGAAGAGGAAGAAGUGAGAGACGAUCGUGACCUGGCCUGCAGCCCUCCUGUACAGAAACCUCGCCAGAGCUGCCUUAACAAUCACAGUUUUGUAGAAAACAGAUUUUAUUAAAAAUUGAUAUUUUAUAUUCCUGCUAA